AUGCGACUGGGCGACGCCCUGCGCGACGCACACUCCGUCGUCGAGCCGUCGCCCGUGCAGCAGCCGCACUGGCACGGGCUGUCGCACGGGCAAGCUUCUGGGUGGCAGUUCCAGGUACCGCACAUCCUCUCGAAGCUCUCGCGCGCGCAGUACCCCGUAGAGCCCUCCGCCGUGCGCUGCCGCGACACCAUCGCCUCGUUCGUUCCGCCCCCCCAUGUCUGCGCCUGCGGCGCUGCGAACAGCAGCGGCAGGAGCAGCAGCGGUAGGUGCUCGUGUGCUGCGAGCAGCAUCUCUGUUGCUCCAGAUAAGCGCCGCAGUUUGCUGAUGCUGGCAGGGCAGCUUGAUCUUAUAACGGAGGAGGACUUUAACGAGGAAAUAGUGGCUCUUGAGGAGAUUAAGGAGGAUAUUAGUAGCGCGGGGACGUCUGGUUACCACAGUGCUAACAGCAACAGUGACAAUGACGGGCUCGGAAGAGGUACGGGGGCUGACACCGAAGCUGGGACAGCCACAGAUUCUGGUUCAGCAGCAGGUACGACAACGGACUCAGGUUCGGAUGCUUCCGUGCCAGCCUCCGUGGGAUCCUCGUUUGAGUAUGCCCCGAUAGCACCUGCCGCAAUUGUUCGUUUCAAGAACCCUGCUUUGGUAGCAGCUGCCUUAUCUGUGGUCAAGAUUAUGCGAGAGGAGUGCCUGGGUAUCCCUUUCGCCGAACCUGCUCCCGCUCUUCCUGCCGAACCUGCUGCGGCCGGCCUACCCCUCACAGCACACCCCUGGGUGGCCCCUUCCCCCUCCCACCCGCCCAUCCGCUACUCCUCUUCUGCUCCUGGUUAUGGCGUCCCACCCACUCCCUUCUCUGAGCCAGCAGGGUCCAUGCGAGCAGCUUCCCCUACUCGAACCCCCUCUUUGCCCGCGUCCCACUCGUUCCCAUCGCCGUAUCCUGCUGGGUCUGCUGCUGCUGCUGCUGCCGCUGCUGUUGCUGCUGCCAAUGCUACGCCAAGGCACUUCUCAGCAGCACACCCGGGCUUUCCUGCACUGCACCAACCGCACACUCCCCACGCUCCCCUUACCCCCUCCCGCUCCCUCUCUUCCGCUCCUGCUCCCCCAUCACUUUCUACCACCACCCCCUCUUUCAACCCUGCUCAUACAAACUGGGCACUAGCAGAGACUGCUACUUUCGCUAUAGUCAAUCUCACUCUCGAUCCAAUCAACUGCAAUAUAGUCACGGACCUUGGUGCCGCCCCAAUCCUCGUCCACAUCCUCCGUGCCGCCCCGACCGCCGUCCGGGACGCAGCAAUCGCCGCACUCUUCGUCCUUUCCUCGUGCGACGCCGCCCGGCUGGACAUCGGAGCGGCCGGCGCGAUCCCGCUGCUUGUCUCCAUCCUACUGGACGAAAAGCCGCAGCGGCAGCCCUCGGCGUGUCCGGCAAACUCAGACCGAGCCAAAGAGGAUGCGCUACUCACUCUCCUCAACCUCUCCCAUCUUGCUUCCAACAAAUCAACCCUUCUUCUCUCCGGCACUCACCGCGCGUUAAUCCACAUUAUAACGCGCGCACCCGGGCACCGCUUAGCGGACAAGGCUCUCGCUACCAUGAGGCAGCUUGUAACGAGGCCGGAGGGGAGGGAGGCGGUGGUGCAGGCGGAAGGGGUGGGGGCACUGGCACGGGCGUUGGAGCGAGGAUCGGAUAAGGGGAAGGAGGAGGCUACGGCGAUUCUAGUGGUACUGUGGGAUAACAAUGGUGGGGGGCACAGGAAGGCGAUCAGGGAGAAGAAGAUCGGGAAGCUGCUGACGGCCGUGGCUCGGACGGGCUCGGAGCGAGGGCGAGCGAAGGCUCUCCAGCUGUUGAUUCACCUCGCAUGA